GCCAGGAGUCCGCGCAGCAGCCGACCGGCCUUGGCCUGAGCUGCAGGCAGCCUGACCUUGUGAACUUGCUUUUUAAUAUUUGGGCGUGGGGACGCCGUAAAAAUUCAUGUCCAGCUUAGUGCCCCACACCAAGACGUCCUCUGCGCUGGCCUCAGCUCACCCCGGCUGGGGGCGAGGAUCCCGGCGAGCAGCCCCCCUCUCGUGCCUGUCCUUCGUGGGCCGGAGCACCCUCACCCGUGGUCUGGGCCCCGGCUGCGAGGCGCGGCCCACGCGGGGGAGGGGAGGGAGGGAAAGAGGCUCGCCCGCAGAUAGCACGGAUGUUUGUAAGGCAUCCAAAAUAAGCAGCCGCCAGCACCAAUAAAUAAGCCCAUUAACCGGCGAAGUUCGAGUUUACGAUCCCCCAUGCUUUUUUCAAAGUUGCUGCAGGGGCGGGAAUCCUUGUUGCGGGUAGAAGAAAGGCAAAUCCGGCCCGGGAGCCGGGGCCCUGAGCUGAGAGGCAGAGAGGGACCUUUUCGCUUCCCCUGGAACUCAGAGUCGCCCAGACUGCAUGUCCCUGGCUCCUGGAGAGACGUGAGGGCAGCAGGCCCUUGACCCCAAUCAGUUGUUUUUUUUUUGUGCCUUCCCCAAGUCCCAACUAUGUCGGUCUUCCUCUCCUCGCCAGGCCUUGGGCAAGGAGGGGGCUGCAGUGAGACACAGCUAUGCUGCCCACCCCCCUACCAAGCAAUACCAAAGGCGAAAACGCAGCCAACUGGCUCACGGCAAAGAGCGGCCGGAAGAAGCGCUGCCCCUACACGAAGCACCAGACGCUGGAGCUGGAGAAGGAGUUUCUGUUCAACAUGUACCUUACUCGAGAGCGGCGCCUCGAGAUCAGCCGCAGCGUCCACCUCACGGACAGACAAGUUAAAAUCUGGUUUCAGAACCGCAGGAUGAAACUGAAGAAAAUGAACCGAGAAAACCGGAUCCGGGAGCUGACAGCCAACUUUAAUUUUUCCUGAUGAAGCUCCAGGCAAUGCCGUUUCGUUUUUGAUUGUUUUCCCCCCCUGCUUCCAGAGAGCCAUUCUCCUCCCUCUGUCUUCGGCCUCUUCCCAGGAACUCGCACCUGUGCGAGCGCCCGUUCCUCCCUCCCACACUCGCCAUUUCGCUGGCCAUUACAUCAGUGCAGGGCUGGUUUGUUCUGACGUUUUGUUUCUUUGUCUGUUUGCUAGGUGCUGGUUUUUUGUUGUUGUGUUCUGGGGGAAAAGCCAUAUCGCUCUAAAAUCCUACGUAGAUAAAGAUUGUCCUAAGUGUCAAGUGCGAACUGGGAUGGUUUGUCGUCUGGAUGACUCCACUGCUCAAAAUGGCCCCUGUGCUCCCGGUGGAGCUGGUUUCCUGCGGGGGGCCGGGCAAACCCAGCCGGAGGCCAGGUCCCAUUGUAGGCGCUGAGGUGUCUGGCCUGAGGUCAAUGGUGCAAGGAGCCACCAGCAGGCUCCCGGGCCUGAAGUGUUGGGCUGUGUUUAAUCAGGGGAUCCAGGCCCUGGGUUUCUUUUCUCUUUCUUCCUUUCUUCCUUGGCAAAGAGAAGGGCUUAUGGGCAUGGGCAUACAGGUUGACAAAAGGGCUUGACUUUGGCUGAUUGGAACAUGGAGGGAGUCAGGAAGAUGAAAUUUUCCUUCCUCUGUAAGAUAUCCCAGCUUUAAAAGAAAGAAAGAAAAAGAAGAAGAAGGAAAAAAAAAAAAAAGACCAGGAUAAGGAAACUCCUCUUCCAGUUUGUGUAAGGUCUUGCAUUGUGGGACUAAAUUAUUUCCCCUUCCUCUGAAUUUUCAUAUCUUCUGGCUAUAGAUAAAUAAUCUGAUGUAGUUCUGUUUAUACAUGUGGAUUUAGUGGAUUUUUGUCAUAAAGUAAUCGUUACCACUGGUAACACACGACAAGCACACCACAACUCUCCCUAUCU